AAUGGAACUUGUCAGCUAUAUAAGAGUAACGCAAUUUCAGCAGGAAAUUAUUAUCAGUUGAGCCAGUGAUUAGGGAUAGGUUUAUUUUCUACUCGUGCUGUGUAACUUGGCAACAAUGAAUUUAUUUUUGGUGGGAAUUGUAGUUUUGGUGAGUGUGUUGGAGGUGCUAGCCCAGGAUGAUGGAAAAUACCGUCCGCCAGCAACCACGAGUACAGCUCGUCCAACCACGAGGUACCAAACGUAUCGUCCUUUCGAUCAGUCGAAUCGAUAUCGGAACUAUGGAAGAUACUACGGACAAAACGCAGGUCGUUACGUGGGAGGAAAUGAUGGCCGGUAUGUGGGUGGCAAUGAUGGCCGUUAUUAUGGCGGAAACGAUGGACGCUACGUGCAUGUGGAUAACCGAUACAAACAUACCGGAGACGGUGAUCGAGGGCAGUACGUCCAUGUGGCAGGCCGAUCAGGAGUUGAUGCCCCGAGCGCCGGAAGUUCGAUUGUCCCGGAAGCACCAGUUACACAACCUCCAACCCCAGCAUUUGUCCCAACGACUGCGAUUCCAAUUCUAGCCAAGCAAGCCCAGGUGAGAACUGCACCACGACCUGUUCCCGGAGAUGGAUGGAAGAUUAUUCGCCUGGAAAAUCAAGUUCGAGGAGAUGGCUACAAUUAUGUCUUCGAAACCGAAAACGGGAUCAACGCAGAAGAAUCCGGAAGAAUCGAACCCGAUGGCCAGGGAUCGGAAGGGUUGCGGUCCCAGGGCUUCUACGAGUACGUGGGUGAUGAUGGGCAGCUCUAUCGAGUGGACUACGUGGCCGAUAGUAAUGGAUUUGUGCCGCAGGGAGAUCACAUUCCCAAAGUUCCACCGGCGAUCGAGAAGCUGUUGCAGUAUCUCGCGAGCCAGCCGAAGUGCAUGAAUCCAGAAGAUUCUAAAGUAAAUAAUCAACGAAAUAAUGCUGACACGGGUAAACAAUCGGGCGAGGAUGCCGAUAUGUUGGAAUCUCUAUCAGCAGAGGAUAUUCUAUCGUGUUCCUCUUCAAUCUUGAAUAGCCCGCUGCCAUGUUAUUCAAAUGAUGAGGGAAAUAUCAUCACUAAUGAUCCAGCAAACAUUACAAUCCUCAACACUCCAAUGAAAAUUAAUGCAGUUGAUGUUCAGCAGCCAGGGACUCAAGAAGGGCCCAGCCAAUGGAUUUAUCUAAGCGGUGCAGGCAAAAAACGCCUGAAAAAGUUUAUUGCAGAAGGGCACAGCACGGAAGUGGCGCGCCAAAUUGUGCAAUCUAACUUUUUGACAUCGAUCAACACUCCUCAAUCCGACAUCAAUAAACGAAAUCCCAAUUGGCUUUCAGAAACCAUUUCAACGGUUAGCGAUGACGUAGGAAUCGAACUUGAAGUUGUCGAUGAAGAAAGAAUCCCUCGAUCAGAGGUAUUAAUAGGAUUUUUCAGAGGGAGCGCGCAAGAUAGUAUCGAAGAAAUUCUAGAUUACAUUGAUAGUCAGAAUUCAGGGCUAAACGUUAGCGCAUGGCGAAUUCUUGACACGUAUACGAUCAAUCAGAUACACAAGGAAAUGGUUUUUGUUGUAGAUGGUCAAUCCAUACAUGCUAUAAGACAAAGCAACUUUCAGCUGGAUUUCAAAUACGGAACAGCUUUUAUUCGAAAAAGAGAUAAUCGGAAAUGGCAAAUCAACAACCGCGGCACAAACUAUCGCAGAAAUUAUCAGCGACAAUACCGUUCUGAUAGAAAUAUAAACCAGAACAUACCGGAAUCUGCUGACGUCUAUACAGCAUCGAUGAAUAAUAAUCCAUAUGAGCAACAAGCUUCUGAAUACACCAACUACCAAUUUGUCAAACGAGACAUCGUGGCCAUCCUUCUAGAGACGCCAACACCUAAGGGGAAAACCGAAAUAGUAGUGGCCUCUGCUUACUUUCCGGGCGAUGUCGAUGAUGCACCUCCUGUAAUAGUAGAAUCCCUGGUGGCGUACUGCAAUUUACACAAUAAAUCGUUUAUAAUAGGAUGUACGAACGAAUCCAUUGCACAGUGGUGCAGAACAUCAAUUCAGCUGUACGAAAUUCAAUCGCCCAGGGAUGAAGAGAUAGACGUUUCAUGUGUUCAGCAACAUUGUUUGAUGGACGAGGCAAUUGCCAAUAAAAUCUCGCUAUCGGUAGGACCGAUAUCCCACUGGCUCGUGAAUGAUGGAAAGUGCUCUUCCGUCAUCAUUUCGGAUGGCAAAAUUCUCAUCCGCAAAAAAAGCAAAAAAUCUACCGAGAAGCUCAGUGACCUUGGUUCCGGUCACAUACAUCGGUCCCCAGCCAGCCAGCUAAGGAAUUCAGAAGUACGUGGCAAGGAACGUCCUCCAGAGGGCGUCCACAGUUCACAAAACAAACCCGAGAGAGGAAGACCAUCGUCCCACCCACACCUCUAUAUACUUUCCUCCAGAACCUGGGAUCCAGAACCAGUAGCUUCAACACAUCGAAUAUUCAAGAUGAAAAUCGUCCCGUCAACACCUCUGAUCCUUUUUGCCUCAAUCGGCCUUGCUUCGUGGGUGCAAGCACGAGCUGCCAACGAUGGAAAAUAUAAUAAGCAAAGAUACAGCUCCGGAAGAUACGUUCAUCGAAACGAUGGUGACUAUGUAGAAUCGCUGGACCGGUACCGGUACGUCCACUAUGACGACGGUGAUCGCGGUCGCUACGUGCACGUGCACAUCCCUUAUGAUGGCGGCUACGGUAACUAUGAGGGUGGCCACGAGCCAUACCGCAAUCCACCGUACGACGCCUCCGGGGUCUAUGCGUACGUGCAAAAACCGAAGAACGAAACGUGUCUUCGGUUGCUAGAACAAUAUUCCAACACUUGCAGCGAUUCCAGUUCCGAUUUUCUUCCGAAGACGACGGUGUUUGACUACAAGAAACCCUCCAUAUAUCUGGAGUACGGGACCCCAGAGUUCGAAAUAUCCUCGGAAGCAUCCUCGAAGCAGGUGAAAAAGACCUCGGUAAGCGGCGAGUCGGACCCUCGGAUGUCCACCUUCCCCGGUAUUGAAUAUCUGCCCCCGCACGAUUCAUCGGAGCAAGAAAAAGCCAAUAAUGGCCAGAACAACUUAGACAUCGACAUCAGAACCAUCUCCCUGACAACGGUCAGUGGCGAAGAAUCGAAAGUAGAAUUGAUAACUGAAACUCCAGAAAACGCCUACACGACUAGCAGCAGAAUCCCCUUCACGCUACCGUCCAAAACGACGGUGUCAUCGACCUCGACGGCCUCUUCCAGCAUCACAGGUGCUUCCAUCGAGCGACAACUGCUCCAAUGUCGAAUGGAACUUGAAAAUCUUAAACAUUCGAAACCGACUCUAAUUCUGAACCGAAUCCGGGAGCAAAUGGUUGCCAUUUCUUUGGGUAGCUCGCUCGGGUAUACAAAGACGACGAUUGCUUAUAUUCAUAAUCAUUAUUUUAUGCUGAACAUCAAACAUUCCGGUUCGAAGCCACCGGCAGCAGGCGUAAUGGUUUAUGUGCCACGAGUUCAUCCGCGGUUGGUGCUCGCGAGCUGUGCUCUGGCUCAAGAAAAGGAUGCCCGGUUCAACGAUGGCCGAUACUAUCCAGAACUGUACCAGGGAAAAUACAAUGAUGGAAAGUACCGUCCGGAUAACAGUGGAGCUUAUCGACCAGAUGGUUCCGGUAGAUAUUCGGGUCAAUAUGUACCGUACAAAGAGGGCAACUACCGAGUAGGUGGACAAGGAGGAUCAGGUGCUGGUGGUGGUGCUGGGGGUGGAUUCGGAGGGCAAGGAGGACGAGGCGGACAGGGUGGAUUCGGUUCAGGAGGUUCAGGAGGUUCGGGAGGCUCGGGAAUAGGAACUCGUACGGGAGGCUCUUCGGGUGCAGUCGUUGGCAUCGUUAGCAGCAGCUCUGGAUCCGGAAACACCAAAGCUGGUGCAUCGGCUUUCGUAUCCGGUUCGGGUUCUGGUUUCGGAUCCGGUUCUGGUUCAGCUUCAAGCUCCGCAUUUGGUUCUGGUUCAAACUCCGGACAAAAACUUGCAGUUUCCGAACAGGUUAAACAGUACAACAACGACGGAUACUACUACCGGUAUCUUACCGAACAGAACGCACAGGUAGCCGAAUCGGGUCGUCUAGAAGACCGGGAAACAGACAACGAAGCUCUGCGGGCUAAGGGCUUCUACGAAUAUGUUGGAGACGAUGGCGUGCGGUAUCGGGUUGAUUACACUGCCGAUGAAAAUGGAUUUGUGCCUCAAGGUGCUCAUCUGCCAGUAGCUCCCGCUAUUCCGGAGCAAAUUCUUCGUGCACUUGAGUAUGUGCGGAAACUGCAACAAUAA